AAUAAAAAAUCUCAGAAAGUCGUAGCAGUAGCUGAGGCCGUGUUCCAGCAGGGUGAAAACUGUUCAUGCCAAGCCCAUUGGCACAGGCUGGUGAGCAAUUGCUUAUCCUGUUGCAAGACUGUUUGCGAGCAGGAGGGAGAGGGGCCGUGUAACUUCCGGUGCACCUUCUUAAAGGAAGGAAGCCAGUAUGCUGGUCUGAAGCAAACUGCGCCGGUCCUUGCAGAGGCCGAAGCUGCUGCAGAAGCUCAUGCCAAGAGGCUUGUGGAAUAUGAUCGGAACUCCCUAGCGUGCACAACAGUUAUUGAUGACCAAAGCGACCAUUGCAAAAUUGAGGGCAACAGAUGGUUAUCGAAGGAGGAGAAGGAGCUCUUGAAAGAGAAGAAAGAGGAGAUCGAGGAAGCUGAAUGGGCCAAACGAAGCAAAGUGGUCAUGAUCUUUGGCUUGAAUGGUCUCAAGGUCCUCUUCAAUGAAAAUGAAGUUUCAGAAGUUAAAUCAAGAAACAGCAAGCCUCCAGAAGAAAGGGAAGCAAACGGGACAAAACCGAACCUAACCCUUAGAAGAAGCCGGAUGAGGCUAAGUACCGAACAAGAGUCUCAAGAGCAGAUUGGCUCGGAAAUCACUGGGGUGCAGCACGAGAGGAACAAGUUGAAACACUUCUUGGUUGAUGACCAUCUGGAAAAGACCUAA